AUGUCCGUUGAUGAUCCAGAAACAGUCGCACAAUGGAUGCAGACGGUGAGCUCGUGGUCUCCAGAAGAGCGGGCCACCAAGGAAAAGGCCUUGGUGAAACACAUUGACCGAAGGCUUCUUCCUAUGCUUAUCGGGAUGUACGUCCUCAACUACAUCGACAGAAACGCUCUUCCGUACGCACACGUGCAGACGCUGGAUGAGGACUUGGGUUUCAAGGGAAAUCAGUACAAUAUAGUACUGAGUAUCACUUUUAUUGGCUAUAUCUCGAUGCAAAUUCCAAGCAAUAUGAUCAUGAGCAAGACUCGCCCUUCUCUUUACCUCCCGGGUUGGAUGGCCGUAUGGGGCGUGCUCUCUGGGUGUACUGCCGCUGUGCAGAAUUUCAGUGAUAUUGCGGCUUGUCGGUUUUUGUUAGGGUGUGCUGAAGCGCCGUUUUGGGCAGGGGCUGCAUUUCUCUUUUCCGGAUGGUACACCAAACGAGAACUGGCCGCUCGUCUAGGGAUUCUCUUCUUCGGCGCAAUGUUUUCCGGUGCCUUUGGAGGUCUCUUUGCAGCCGGCAUUGCUGCUGCUUUUGCAAACAACAAGAUUUCGUCCUGGAGAUGGCUGUUCAUGAUUGAAGGCGCUGCCACAGUUGUGUUUGCUGUUGCGUCCAUGUUUGUGAUUCCGGAUUGGCCUGCGACGACGAAAUGGCUCUCAGAGGAAGAGCGUCAGUUGGGCGUUGUCCGGCUGAUGGAAGACGCGGGUUCGGAAGAAGAAGAGCUGUCGGCGAGACAUGGAUUUAUGUUGGCGAUGAAGGAUUAUCGGGUUUGGUUAGCUGUCAUUGGGCAGCUUUGCGUUCAGGCCGUUGCAUCACUGACAAACUUCCUACCCACGCUCGUCGCCAAUUUUGGAUAUAGCAAAAUCGACUCCCUGCUCCUCACAGCACCGCCUUACAUUCUAGCCGGCUUUUUCUGUGUUCUCAACACCUGGUGGUCUGACAGAAACAACAUGCGGUCCCUACACAUCGUUUAUCCCAUAUGCGCGGUCAUUGCAGCUAUUAUCAUAACCAUGGCCACAACCAACACCGGUGCGCGCUAUUUCGCGUUGAUGAUCAUGGUACCAGGAGCCUACGGCUGUUUCCAAGUCUCCAAUGCCUGGGUAGCAUCUGUUGCGGCACGGCCAAAACAGAAAAGAGCUAUUGCGCUGGCAAUGAGUAAUGCUGUCGGUAACACGUCUUUGAUUUGGACUCCCUAUCUGUAUCCGAGCUCGGCGGGACCGCGAUAUACGGUGGCGUGGAGUGUGAAUAUUGCGUUGAGUGUGGUUUGUAUUUUGGCCUCGUUGUGGUUGAGGGUGAUUCUGCAGAGGGAGAAUAAAAGGAUGGAGUCGAUGGAGUCGGAGGCUGAUUUGGGGGGUACUCAACUCAAGGCUGGAGGGAAACCUGUCGAGGUGGAAUACGCGGGCGUCUUGCCAUCAUCGGCGUUUCGGUUUCAGUGUUGA